AUGAAUACACUCACCUUGAAUUAUUAUCAAUCGCAAAGUGCCGCCUUGAAAUUACCAUUGAUAUUUGCAUUACCAAAAAUAAAUGAUGUACAUUGGGAAUAUUUGAAAAUAUUUAUAUUUAAUGAUAUUACAGACAACGGAGUGAUAACUAAUUUAGAUUCAAAUAAACAACUCGAUCGAUUUUAUGUUCAAUAUAGAACUGAUCAUUCAUUUUGGUCGAGAGAUACGGGUUUUACCGGUGAUCGUUGCCAGUAUUUAUCUACUUGUACGGCAUCUACCACUUGUCAAAAUGGUGGGACGUGUGCAACUGCUUAUGACAAUAGUUCAGGGAUACUUUACUAUACAUGUGUUUGUCCAUCAAGGUACUCUGGCUUAUUUUGUGACAUACAAAAUCAAUGUCCACCGAGUUUUUAUGGUGCUAAUUGUGACGUGGAAUGUUCACCAGUGAACUCGUGCGCCAGUGGUCAUUUUGAAUGUAAUGCAUCAGGAGGAAAAGAUUGCCAAGCGAACUGGUUGCCGGUUGGUGUAUGUAAUCAGAAACUUAUACCACCAUCAACUGACUCUGAAUGCCCAAAUUCAAAUGGAUGCUUUAAUGGUGGCUCGUGUUGGAAUGGAUCGUGUUGUUGUCCGGUUAAUUUCACUGGUUGGUUACGCACUCUCACUCUCUCUCUUUCCACUAUCACGGACCAUUUUUCUCAUAUUAGGAAAACUAUGUGAGACACCAAUUGAUUAUUGUGCCAGAAGUCAAUGCAUCAAUAAUGCCCUUUGUAUAUCAAAUGGAAGUGCAUAUCACUGCUUAUGCCAAGCGGGUUACACGGGACGAAAUUGUGAAAUCAGUUUGAGCCCGUGUCAAUAUCAUCCUUGUCAAAAGGGUUUUUGCGAACCUGUCGCAAAUUUUACGUCGUAUAUAUGUACAUGUUAUCAAGGUAAAUGGAGUUUGUUGCUUUUAUUUAAAAAAACAUCGUCCCGACUGUUCUCACGUUGUUAAAGUAAAAAAAAGCUCACUAUGCAUGUUUCUUCGUCCCAACUGCAGCUACUUUUCAAUGCAUUUUAAUGAACAUAAGUGACACAAUUAUGCGUGCCGUACAAUUUAGGAAAAAGGCAGAAGCGUUACUUGAAAAAAGUGUAUCUAAUCUUACUGACACCUACUAAGAAGCAGAAAUAUUGUAAGAUGCACGCAAAGCAAAAUUUUAGCAAAAUUUUUUUUCGAUAAAAGACACAUAUUGGGAUUUGCCAGAGCAUGCUGAUCACGAAUAUGACCUUGAAAGUUGAAAAAAACCUUUUUUUCGGGAAGAAAAAUGCAAAAUACUGGAAAGGUCCAAAAACUUUGAAAAUUCUUGGCCUUUCGAAAAACACUCAUAACCUUUUACAGAAAGUAGCUACAGGCUCAAACGUUUUUUUGUUCGAUUCCUCGUCGAAAACUGGGUAUAUCCAUACUAGUUUCAGACCCUUAGACCGUAAUUUGAAAUUUUGGCGCUGCUCGCGAUAGAAAACCCUGAAAAAUGAGACCCCUCCGCCAAAAACCUAUCUAGUUUUUUUGGUGAGGAGCUAACUCAUUGAAUUUUAUGCCAUUCGA